AUGCUGCAGUUGUUCUUCGCGGUGGCCUUCUCGGCGGUGCCUUUGACUCUUUACAUACCGCCAGUUCGAUCUCUAAACUUCUUCGUGGAGACCGUCGAGGAUUUAUUCCGCCAGACAUCCUUCUAUACUGUCAGGGCUUAUCCCAGGAUUCGUGUUGCAUUUUCUCGUAUCUUUCGCAAUCUUUUUAACUUGCCCAGGUUUGACUUGUGGGUGAUUUAA